ACGGUAAUUGUAGAUGGCCACCCUGUCGAAAGGGUUUACGUUUGUGGAGUGAUGCUCCUCAAACCCUUAAACCCCUGAAAUUCAAGUCCCUGAUGGUCUUCUUCAACUAGGGUUCUUCAUCAGCACCCUACUCUUCGUUUUCAAUCUUUCUCUUUAUCAACAAUGGCGACAAACGACGACGUCCGUUUCACAUCGUCAUCCUUUAAAAUCCCUCCCUCUUUCCUCUACCACCCCCCGAAUUUUCUUCCCACUCUCCCCUUCUGUUCCCAAACCUUAUCUCUGACUCUGGCCAGAACUCGCUACUCACUGACCCAGUUCAUCUCAUCACUCAAAACCCACAAAAAAUUCAACAUUUUUCAUCCCAAAUCAUCCCUCCUGUGCUCUGCAUCAUUGGCUCUGAGUCGGUCAGACGAGUCGACUCAGGGCGUUUUAGAUGGUGGGGCAGCUCAGAAGGCGAGGAGAGAGGCCGAGGAGAGGGUUUUGAUUAGCGAGGUGCUUGUACGGAACAAGGACGGUGAGGAGCUUGAAAGGAAGGAUUUGGAAAUGGAGGCAAUGACGGCACUCAAGGCUUGUCGCCCCAAUUCAGCUCUCACCGUCCGAGAGGUCCAAGAAGAUGUUCAUAGGAUUAUAGAUAGUGGGUACUUUUGUUCUUGCAUGCCUGUUGCCGUGGACACCCGAGAUGGCAUCCGUUUGGUCUUUCAGGUAGAACCAAACCAGGAGUUUCAGGGGUUGAUUUGUGAAGGAGCUAAUGUUCUUCCAUCAAAGUUUAUAGAGGAUGCUUUUCGAGAUGGAUAUGGCAAAGUGGUUAAUAUCAGGCGUUUGGACGAAGUGAUAAAUUCCAUUAAUGGUUGGUACAUGGAGCGUGGCCUUUUUGGCAUGGUUUCAGAUGUUGAGAUACUCUCAGGAGGCAUGCUUAGGUUGCAAGUUUCUGAAGCUGAGGUUAAUAAUAUCUCCAUUCGUUUUCUUGAUAGGAAAACCGGUGAGCCAACUAUAGGAAAGACAAAGCCUGAAACAAUACUUCGGCAGCUUACGACCAAAAAGGGACAGGUGUAUAGUUUGCUUCAAGGGAAAAGAGAUGUGGAGACUGUCUUAACAAUGGGAGUCAUGGAAGAUGUUAGCAUUAUUCCCCAGCCUGCAGGAGAUACUGGUAAGGUUGAUUUGAUCAUGAAUGUUGUUGAACGAGUAAGUGGAGGUUUUUCUGCUGGUGGUGGAAUUUCAAGUGGGAUAACAAGUGGCCCUCUAUCAGGACUGAUUGGAAGUUUUGCAUAUUCUCAUAGGAAUGUUUUUGGAAGAAAUCAAAAACUUAAUAUUUCACUAGAGAGGGGGCAAAUUGACUCAACAUUUCGCAUAAACUACACAGACCCAUGGAUUGAAGGAGAUGAUAAGAGGACGUCUAGAUCAAUCAUGGUUCAGAAUUCAAGAGCGCCUGGAACAGUUGUUCAUGGGAAUCAACCUGACAACAGUAGCAUGACCAUUGCUCGUGUCACAGCUGGUAUCGAAUUUAAUCGACCUUUCAGGCCAAAGUGGAAUGGAACAGCCGGACUUAUUUUCCAGCAUGCUGGUGCUCGUGAUGAAAAAGGGAAUCCUAUUAUUAAAGAUUUCUUUAGUAGUCCUCUCACUGCAAGUGGAAAUAGCCAUGAUGACAUGCUCCUUGCCAAAUUUGAGACUGUUUAUACUGGUUCUGGUGAUCAGGGGUCUUCAUUGUUUGUGUUCAACAUGGAACAGGGACUUCCUGUCUUUCCUGAGUGGCUUUUUUUCAAUAGAGUAAAUGCUCGUGCAAGGAAGGGUGUAGAAAUUGGUCCCGCUCGCAUCCUUUUAAGUUUGUCUGGUGGUCAUGUGGUGGGUAAUUUCUCUCCUCAUGAAGCAUUUGCCAUUGGUGGAACAAAUAGUGUGAGGGGUUAUGAAGAAGGUGCUGUAGGCUCAGGUCGCUCUUAUGUCGUUGGAUGUGGAGAAAUAUCUUUCCCCUUGUUGGGACCAGUAGAAGGGGCCAUCUUUGCCGACUAUGGAACUGAUCUUGGAUCAGGCCCAACUGUACCUGGUGAUCCUGCUGGGGCAAGGCUAAAGCCUGGAAGUGGGUACGGAUAUGGGUUUGGCGUUCGGGUGGACUCUCCUUUGGGCCCUCUCCGACUUGAAUAUGCAUUCAAUGACAAACAUGCUAAGAGGUUUCACUUCGGUGUUGGUCACCGGAACUGAUCUCAGACAGGCCUACUGUAAGUUCAACAGUUUUUGUCUUUGUUUUUUGCCCUUAAAUGAUUUUGAGCUGCAUUCUCCAUGUAUGCAGGUUCUAUAUUAUUAUUUUUAUAUUAAUUGUAGGCGCACACUUCGUGCAUACCCAACAAUUCUCAAUCUUCA